GUCCUUACCUGCACAGGGAAGUGGCUUUUUUUUGGUGGUAGGUGUCUCCGAUUGCUGAGCCGAUUCUCCAAUUGCCGGAGACAAAUCAUCCUCCUCAUCAUCAGAGUCACUCCCCUCUCCAACGCCGAGCUCUGGCCGCCCGUCUCUUCCUCUCUCUCUCGAUCACCUGUUGGAAGGGCGCCCGGGGGGGGUCUUUGCUUGUCCUCUACCGACCAUCAAGAGGUGUGGUAACCGAGGAAAAUCUAUGAUUAGUUCGGUGUGUGUGUCAUCUUACCGAGGACGAAAGUCUGGGAACAAGCCAUCCUCUAAAACAUGUCUGAAGGAAGAGAUGGCAAAGGUGGAAGACUCUGGCAAGAUCACCAUCAACGUCGGGGGCACUCGGCAUGAGACCUACAGGAGUACGCUGAGGACGCUGCCAGGGACCCGCUUGGCGUGGCUGGCGGAACCCGAAACCUCCAGCCACUUGGAUCUGGACCCGCAGCAUAAUGAGUAUUUCUUUGACCGGCACCCCGGCAUCUUCUCCUAUGUGCUCAAUUACUACCGCACGGGCAAGCUGCACUGCCCGGCCGACAUCUGCGGACCGCUCUUCGAGGAGGAGUUGGCGUUUUGGGGCAUCGACGAAACCGAUGUGGAGCCCUGUUGCUGGAUGACCUACCGCCAGCACCGGGAAGCGGAGGAGGCUCUGGAUAUUUUCGAAAACGUGGAAGCCGAGGAUACAGAUGACGAAAAGAAUUCAACUCCGGAGUUGCUGUGCGUAGAGGAGACGCCUGACAGGUCCAGAGUUCGCUGGAGGAGAUGGCAGGCUCGAAUGUGGGCUCUCUUUGAGGACCCUUACUCAUCUCAAGCUGCUAGGCUAGUGGCUUUUACUUCACUCUUCUUCAUCCUGCUGUCUAUUACUACUUUCUGUUUGGAAACUCAUGAAGCUUUUAUUGUGGACAUAAAUAUAACACAACUUGUCAUAGUGGGAAAUGUGACAGAAACCCUCGUGGUGCAAGAAGUGGAAACAGAACCCAUUCUAACAUAUAUAGAGGGGGUCUGUGUUUUCUGGUUCACGUUGGAGUUCCUGGUUCGAAUUGCCUGCUGUCCAGAUAAACUGCUUUUUAUUAAGAACAUGCUAAACAUCAUAGACUUUGUAGCCAUUCUUCCAUUUUACCUGGAGUUAGGUCUUAGUGGGUUGCCAUCCAAGGCUGCAAGGGAUGCUCUAGGAUUCCUACGCGUAGUACGCUUUGUCAGGAUACUGCGUAUCUUCAAAUUGACAAGACAUUUUGUUGGGCUACGAGUUCUUGGACAUACCCUUCGGGCUAGCACCAAUGAAUUUCUUCUUCUAAUCAUCUUUUUAGCUUUAGGGGUUCUAAUAUUUGCAACUAUGAUCUAUUAUGCAGAAAGAAUAGGUGCAAAAGCAUCAGAUCCAACUGGAAGUAAUCACACGCACUUCAAGAACAUCCCAAUAGGGUUCUGGUGGGCUGUAGUCACUAUGACUACACUUGGAUAUGGAGACAUGUAUCCACAGACCUGGUCUGGCAUGCUGGUUGGUGCCUUGUGUGCUAUAGCUGGAGUACUCACAAUUGCUAUGCCUGUUCCAGUUAUUGUGAAUAAUUUUGGAAUGUAUUAUUCUCUUGCAAUGGCAAAACAAAAGCUUCCAAAAAAGAAAAAGAAACACGUCCCUAAGCCUACUCAGCUGGACUCCCCAUCUACAGCUAAAUCGGAGGACUCCUUACAUCGUACCAGCACUCAAAGUGAAUCCUGUCCGUUGGCAGUAGAGGAUGUUACAGAGAAGAAGACAGAAUUUAAACAGAAUGGAGAUGCCAACACAAUAGUAUCUGAUGAAAACCACGAAGACGCUCCUCAUUUCCAGCCCCUCGACGACAAAAAAUAAUAUGAGCUAGUGCCAGU